CUCAGCUGCAGAGGCUGCUGGGAGAAUCUGGCUGUGUCGGAGACAUUUUGGAUUUAAAGGGGCUGAGCCGUCAGUCCUAGCUCUUGGUUUCCCUGAGCUAACUAGAAGAUGUCCACCAUGGUGUAUCCACGGGAAGAGAAGCUGGAGAAGCUCUCUCAGGAAGAGAUCAUCUCCAACACAAAGCUGGUGAUCCAGGGUCUGGAGGCCCUGAAGAAUGAGCACAACUCCAUCCUCCACAGCCUCCUGGAGACCAUCAAGUGCCUAAAGAAGGAUGAAGAGGCCAACCUGGUGCACGAGAAGUCCAACCUGCUUCGCAAAUCAGUGGAGAUGAUUGAACUGGGCCUGGGAGAAGCUCAGGUGAUGAUGGCCCUGUCCAACCACCUGAACGCCGUGGAGUCUGAGAAGCAGAAGCUGCGCGCGCAGGUCAGGAGGCUGUGCCAGGAAAACCAGUGGCUGCGGGACGAGCUGGCCAACACCCAGCAGAAGCUGCAGAAGAGCGAGCAGAGCGUGGCCCAGCUGGAGGAGGAGAAGAAGCACCUGGAGUUCAUGAACCAGCUCAAAAAGUAUGAUGAAGACGUCUCACCCACUCAGGAGGAGAAGGACCGAGAACCACCCAAGGACUCCCUGGACGACCUCUUCCCCAACGAUGAGGAGGAGCAUGGCCAAGGAAUGCAACACCAACACAACAGUGCAGCCGUGGCUGCGGCCCAGCAGGGAGGCUACGAGAUCCCGGCCCGUCUGAGGACCCUGCACAACCUGGUGAUCCAGUAUGCCUCCCAGGGCCGGUACGAGGUGGCUGUCCCCCUCUGCAAGCAGGCUUUGGAGGACUUGGAGAAGACUUCCGGACACGACCACCCUGACGUGGCCACCAUGCUCAACAUCUUGGCCUUGGUCUACAGAGAUCAGAACAAAUACAAAGAGGCCGCCCAUCUGCUCAACGAUGCUCUGUCCAUCCGUGAGAAAACCCUGGGCAAAGACCACCCCGCUGUCGCUGCGACGCUGAACAACUUGGCUGUGCUGUAUGGAAAGAGGGGAAAGUACAAGGAGGCUGAACCUCUGUGUAAGAGGGCUCUGGAGAUCAGAGAAAAGGUCCUGGGGAAGGACCACCCAGAUGUGGCCAAACAGCUCAACAACCUGGCUCUGCUUUGCCAGAACCAGGGCAAGUAUGAGGAGGUGGAGUACUACUACUGCCGUGCCCUGGAGAUCUACGAGAGCAGGCUGGGCCCAGAUGAUGCCAAUGUGGCCAAAACCAAGAAUAACCUGGCAUCCUGCUUUCUCAAACAGGGGAAAUACAAGGAGGCUGAGAUUCUGUACAAAGAGAUUCUGACUCGUGCUCAUGAGAAAGAGUUUGGAUCUGUUGAUGCUGAAAACAAGCCCAUCUGGAUGCACGCAGAGGAAAGAGAGGAGAUGAGCAAGGGCAAGCACAGAGACAACACUCCAUACGGAGAGUACGGAGGCUGGUACAAGGCCUGCAAAGUCAACAGCCCCACAGUGAACACCACCCUGAGGAACCUGGGCGCCCUGUACCGCCGGCAGGGCAAGCUCGAGGCUGCCGACACCCUGGAAGAGUGUGCUGUGAGGUCUCGCAAGCAGAGCAACACAGGCAUUGACCCCAUCCACCAGACACGUGUGGUGGAGAUCCUGAAGGAUACAGACGGCGACAGGCGGAGGAGCAGGGACAGCCUGAGCAGCGUUAAGUAUGAGAGCGGCUCUGAGACCGGCGAGGAAGUGAGUAUGGGCGUGGAGUGGAACGGGGCCUAAGCCAUCAAGAUUAUUCCUCCAUCCUUCUCUCCUUCCCCAACACCAUUGCAAAAAGGAUGUGUGUUGUCGUUCCCUCUGGCCUUCUCUGUCCCAAACAAACCAACAGCAUCCUCCACCAUUCCCGGUGCCCCCCUCUCCGGUCGCAGAGACUCAGAAAGCCCCCUCCUGGCUGUCACCUCUGUCCCCCUGUUCAGCUGACACCUGCUGGGACGUUUGGUCUUCUCUUAUUUUAUUAUUUUUUUUUUUUAACCUCUCUUCCUGUCACUCUCUCUAUCCUUUCCUCUCACUAACCCUGUGUCCUCCACCGUGUCAGAAAUCGUGAAUUCAACUCUCUCUCUCUCUCUCUCUCUAUCUCUCUCACUUAACAUUAAAAAGCAAACUUCAUUGUGUGUGAAAUCUUUUCCCUGUGAGGAAGCCACUCGCACUUUUUUCUUCCUCCAACACCCAUUUGUAAUUUUUCAUAGGCGCAUAGUAGAUUUAUUUGGCUAGAUAAGAGGAGCAGGAAAGUAAUUUAUUGGAAGAAGGCAAAAGAUGAAAGAUUUGGAGGAUCAGGGUCACCCUUUGAAGGCAGCCAGACAUCACUCCAACCCACAGUCAGAUAAAACGUUACAAUCACUAUAGAGUGGAUAUAUUACAAAACUCCACAGUUGCUCUGCAUUGGUCUCACUCGCAGUUUGUUAAAGAUGACCUCAAAGCUAGCUUGCAACCUGGUGCCUGUAUUUAGCCAAAAUAGUAUUUUUAUUUUUUAUUUUUAAGGAAAGGUAUUUAUUUUUGCUGUUAGUUUUCUGUUUUUAACUAUUUUAACAAUAACGAGAUCAAAUGCCUGAACAGUUUGGAAAUAAAUGGUACUUUAUAGUAUAUAACAUGCUUAUCAAAAUAUGUCAUGUCUUUUUUUUACUUCUGUGGCUGGCGGGAAAUUAGAAGGGAGCAUUGCUUCUCAACAUUUAGUAUUUUUUUUUUUUUUUUUUAUAGAGAUAUUUCCUUUUUAAUUUCAAUUUUGUAUGAUUUUGUUUACAUUUUUUUUUUUUUAAAUGUUGAUUUAUUUUGUGGCUGAAUAUUAAGGCAGUUAGUCAGUCAACCAUGCCUGUUGUGAAAGACUAGUAGGGCCAACAUCGGCUGACAGCAAAUUGGCUAGAUCACAGCAAGCUGUUGUUGCCAUGGUAAUUUAUUUUCAAGAUGCUUUCAUGAGCUUCAAUGUCCUUGGUUUUGGAGCGUUCACACUCGGCUCUACGCUGGUACAAUAAGUACACAGUAGCUUGCAUUUACAAAGGGAAUUAACAACACCGGCUGAUGGUGUAAAGCCAAAAUGACCGCAGAGACCAACCGGAGCAUCUAGCACAGACACUGGCCACCUGGGAAAUUGCUAAAUAAUAGUACAUUUCAAAAUAAUGGGCAUACAUGCCCAGAAUUGCAUUUUUAUUUGUUGGUAUAGAAGUAGAAGCUAGUGUUAUUAUUCAAUGGAAGCCUGGGUAGUUUUAUUAGUGUGUAUUUGUGUAUGUUUUGGUGGUACAGUCGCAGUGCCCACUCUGGCUAUGGAUACUGUAUUUUGAACACGAAGCUUAAUGGAGUGUGUUGCCUUUUUUUCUUACACCGUUGUUUGCAAGCAAACCUUGUCACUUUGGUGAAUCGUGUUUUUUUUUCGACACCGAAAAGUACAGUGCGAGUGUUUCCUCAAGAUCAACAUGUUAUUUCAGAUGUUUAACUAACUGAAUGUAAAAUGACUUUAACAUCUUUAAAGUGUAAUUGUAGGCUGUAUUCAUAGAUUUGACAAGUGCAUUCACUAUACGGCUUUUUCGGUAUGCUACUUGCCUUGAUUCUUCAUUCCUUCCAACGAGUACACCUAUACUCCUAAUGCGACUCUGAACAAAAGAAUUGACCAUGUACAUCAUAUAAUUAUGACAAUAUUGUUGUGUUAGUGGAAUGCUUAUUUAUUGAACUGUCUAUUCUUGGCAUAUAUAGUGUGAUUUGAGUUUCCUAAAGUGGAAGAAACAUAAAUGGUAAGGUCUAUAAGCACUAUCUUAGUAAGUAGAACUGCAUUAUAUUUACCAUUCUGCAUUGUGAAGAUUAUUGCAUCAACACUUGUUGGUAUUCUCGAAUAAAGUUUUUCAUUUGUGAA